GAUAAGCAGGGUCGGGGAAGCCCUUACCUCAACGUCACAUCGAUCCAAAGUCCUGAUUGGCUGGCACGCGCUCCAUCGCCACAACGGGAUUCCCGUUGCCAAUCAGCUGAUAGCUGCGCCCCUGCAACUUGCGGAAUAAUUAUGAUGCAAUCCCACUGUAUGUUAAAUUUUCUCCUGCUCUUUUGCAACCACUGGGCCACCUGCCUCUAAAGUCAAUCUAUUGUUAGCAGCCUCACAUACCAGCCAGUGCUCUCACUCUCUCUCUCUGCCUGCGUUUAUGAGUCGCAAAAAAAUCGCCAAAAUAUCAACAAACAUGGAUGCCCUCCAGAGAGCAACGGAAAAGCUGAAGAAGCUGAUGGAGCUGAUCAACGCCAGGUGGGGCUGGGUGGUGACACUCUCAGCCUUUUUCAUCUUCUUAACGUGCUUUGGUACGCUCUACUCUUUUGGCAUCUUACUCAUUGAAUUACAGGAGGAGUUCGGAAGCGGGGCGUCCGAGACAUCAUGGAUUGGUUCGAUCGCCAUCGGUCUCCACGCCUUGGGGACCUUCGUCUCGAGUGCUCUCGUCCGGCGCUUCGACAACCGGCCGGUGGCCAUCGCCGGCAUCUUCCUGUGCUUCGGCAGCGUCAUCGUGACGUCACUCAUGCCUCUGCUGGAGGUUCUGUACUUCACAUUUGGCGUUGUCUACGGCGUGGGCAUCAACUUCAUCGUCAUCUCCUCCAUCAACCUCAUCCUCCGCUACUUUCCGACCAAGAAUUGCUCGCGAGCGACCGGUGUGGCUCUCACCGGCUCCACAGUAGGUAUGCUGGUCAUGAAUCAAGUUGUGCAUCACCUCAUCGUCGCGUGGGGCUGGCGGAAUAUGCUCCGCGUGGUCGGGGCGAUUCUCCUGAUCGUCUCCGUGCCGUGUGUCAGCACUUACUCCCAGCCGUCCUCCAAGAACCUGGUCCUGGCGGACUCCAUAGCCCCUCUCGAGGAGGGAGAGGGGAAGGAGAAGGAAGGGGUGGAUGAGGAGAAGAAAGCCCUGGAGGAGGAGAAGCAGAGGCUCAAGGAGAAAGAGGCCGAAGCUGAGGAAGAUGAGGCGAAGCCGAGCAGAUGCGAGCGGCUCCGCAACAUGGCAUAUCCUGAGCUCUGGUUUCUCUCAGUCGGCAUCAUGGGAUGCUGCAUGACACUCACAUUUUACUACGUCAGUAUGAUGAGCUUCAUGACAACUAAAGGCUUCGACAAAUCGGACAGUACCCUCUUCAUGAUGGUGCUAGCCAUUGCAGAGGUCGUGGGCAAGGUCAUCAUCGCGGCCGUUGCCGACAGCCUGCCGUUCCCGAAGCUCUACCUGUUUGUCUUGGCUAGCCUCCUCGGCGUCGUCGUCAUGGUGGUGCUCCUUUUCGCCACUUCACUCGGGCUGAUGCUCGGCCUUGCAGUCGUUUGUGGACUGCUCGUCAUGUCGGUCUUCGACACCUUGCCGUUCUCCAUCUGUGUGGAGGUAUUCGGCUCGACCAGGGGGUUGGACACGUCCUCGGUUGUCAUCAUCAUGAAUGGCGUGGGCCUCAUCCUCGGCUCCUUACUCGGCAUGAGCGUUGACCGCACAGGCAACUACGACUCUGCCAUCUUUGCCAGCGUCGGCAUCUACUGCUUCUCCAUCUUGCUCUUCCUCGCUGUGCCCAUCUACCAGAGGCUCUUCGCCAAGGAGCGGUACGUCAUGGUCCGGAACAGACGCAAAGCCCUCCUCCUGGUGGCAGACGGACCGGAGCGGACCUUUGCCCCGUCGCUGCUCCCCUCGCCAGAGUACAUUUACCUGGACAUCGUCAGUGUCGUAUAACAGGGCGCAGGAAUAACGGACAACAGAUUUAGAGAGACUAAACAUUUUUUUAAUCGGCAAUGAAUUUUUAGGUGUAUGCGUACGCGUGUGUGAAAAGGGAGAAAAGGAUGUGGUCAAAUUUUCUUCUCGGACCGUAAAAUGGUGUCGCUGGAAAUUUGGAGAGUGCUUAAACAAUAAGAGUGUGAAUAAUGCUACAUAUUGUGGAAAGUAAAAGCGGUUGCAGAAUACGGGCUAUUCGCAAUAGUGCGCCUCCAAGAGUUUGCAACGCGUUAACCAAUCACAGAGUGCGAAGUCUGUCGACCCUUCCCACAUGCGCAUUGGGUCGACAGAUUUCGUGCAAUGUGAUUGGUCAACGCGUUGCAAACUCGUGAAGGCGCACUAUUGUGAAACGCCCGUAUACGGUAUGGUGUGAGUGUUGUGAAUAAAAUACGGGAGGCAAUGAGAGGUUUCCAAAGAAAGAAUAGAAGGUACGGUGUACUUGUUGAGACGCUAUAAAAACACAUUACGAGGCCAAAAUGAAGCUGGUGUUGAUACUAUUGGAGAUUGGUACAAAUUUGACAGAAACAACCAGUAAGUGUGCCUCAGUUGGAGACAGAAACACUUUGCUGAAUUUCACACACGAACCUUGCCAUACUUAAACUUGUUCAUGAAGCUGUGAAGCCCUCGAUGAGAAUGUGUGUUGCGCAGUUGAUAGUUAUGUGUGUGUGGAAGUACAAUGAUUUUUUUCAAAUGACUGCUUGGGUUUUUCACGCUGGCUGCUAUUUUGUUGGAUUUUAAUUUGACAAAGCACUAACAAAUGAGUGCUUAAAUUCCAUUAAAUAUUAAAAAACUCAAGAUUUUGAGGUGCGGGAUUUUCUUCUGCGUGUUUGCUCUAAAAGGAUAAAUUUUGGAUGGAUCUGCACACGAGAAAAGAGGAAAGCAGUCAGUUAUUCAAAAGAAAUGGAUGCAGAUGGUUGCAUGCUAAAGUGGAAAGACGAACUCAUCUUGGUGCAGCUUAUCCUACAUAGGCAUAUUAAUUUUUUUAAAAUAUAUUUAUUGUUUCAGUGAAAAGAGUUUUUUGUAGUUCUGUACAAGUUGAAGAAGGAGAAAAAUAACUGUAAUAUCACUUCAAAUCAUUUCAAUUAUAGCUUAAGUGCGCUGUGUGUAACUGGAUGUGAGGUUACACAUUGUCACGCUUUCCAAAAUGACUUUCAUUUGUUGUUAAUGGCGUGUUGUGUAAAACUUGUCAACAGUUUGCCAAUAUGGUUGAAUACUUGGAAUGAACCAAAAAGUGAAUUUAUCAAUGCUUGAAAAUGAAGGUUUUAUAAACAAAAAUUCUCAGACACUCUAUUAUCGACCUAUGAAUGUUGUACGUCUGUGCUGUCCGUUAAUUCAUUUUAAAAUAUUGUUUAUGUCCUUUUUAUAAACUGUUAAAGAAACCUUUUGUGGUUUUGAAAGCAGAGCCCCACGCAAAAUAUUAUUGGCAACAGAAUGCAACUUUGUAUUAUAUAUUUAUUUUUUGGAUUCCUGCAUUCUGCAGAUAUAAUAACGCUAUCAACUCUUUGCUCCGAUUUUCGAAACCAUUUCGUGUAAUUUGUCUGGAGGAUGAAUUUGUUUGGAAGUAUUUUCAUAUGCUCUUUGCUUCAACUUCCAUUAAAGCCCGAUGGUAUUUUGCGUGGAGCCCUGACAAAAGUAUUAAAGCUGUGGUACUUCUCUUUGAUAUUUUGUAAAUAAAAGAGAUAUUUAUUUAUA